GCCAGUUCCGUGUCUGCAGCGAGUUUACCAGCCACGCACCGCCUGCACGCGCUCAAUCCGCCGCCGGGCUGUAACGAACUGACUCUCUCUGGCUUUCGGAAAGCCCUGUUUUCAGUCUCCAUUAACGGCCCAGCACAGAACGAGGCGAGACGAUUCGUAACGGGUCACUCUCUCAACAAUAAUGUCUUCAGAUUGGAGUUACAGCUGCCUCAAAACCGAGGCGAUGACAAAAUCACAGUGGCAACCCUGUGUUGGUGCACAGGCAGAGCUGUGACUCUAGCUUGCGAUCUCCUGACCUCUGUGACCUUUGAGUCGAGAUGGCGACCCACCGAAAGCACCUGGUCCGAGAUUUCAACCGAUACAUCACCUGCUCAAUUUGCCGUGGGUACCUGAUAAAGCCCACCGCUGUCACAGAAUGCCUGCACACUUUUUGUAAGAGUUGUAUCGUUCAGCACUUUGAGGAGAGUAAUGAGUGUCCGGAAUGUGGGAUACAAGUCCAUGAAACCAACCCUUUAGAGAUGCUGAGGCUAGAUAAGACCCUGGAGGAGAUCAUCUUCAAGCUGGUGCCUGGACUAAGAGAGAAGGAGGAACAACAGGAAAGUGAGUUCUGGAGAAAAAAUAAGAUCAAAUCAAAUGGAGAAGAUGGCCCUAGGGCUAAGAAAUCUCGCCUGAGUGAUGAAGAGGACGAUGAUGGGAAAGCUGGAGACUACCACAGGAGUGAUCCUCAGAUCGCUAUUUGUCUGGACUGUCUACGAAACAAUGGCCAAUCAGGAGAAAGCAUAGUUAAGGGUUUAAUGAAGAAAUUCAUCCGUUGCUCCACCCGUGUUACGGUGGGAACCAUUAAGAAGUUCCUCUGUGUAAAAUUGAAGCUGCCAAGCUCUUAUGAGCUCGAUGUUUUGUGUAACGGAGAGAUCAUGGGCAAAGACCACACCCUGGAAUUCAUCUACCGCACUCGCUGGAGACUUCAGGGUGACAGCGCUUAUCCCAUGGUUCUCGAGUACCGUCCAAGGAUCGACUUUGGUUGAACAGCACUUACAGCUUUGCGGAAAUCUCAUGCAGACUGAUGUCAAGAGAUGAACAAAAAGCAGAAAAACUGAAUGAUUGUGCCUCCGUUGAAAGACAACAACACAAAGCCCUUAUGACUGACAGGACUGCUCUCUUCUUCCUGUGCACUGCUUCAGCCUCUACUCCUCCAUUCCUCCCUCCUUCAUGUUCCUGUUUGACAGUUGUGGCUCCACCCACUGGCACUGUAUCAAGUUUGAUGAUUAUAUUGUUCCAAAGCUUUCUCUGCAUGUUGUCUCUAUGACGACGCCUUAGCGUAGAGCAGCCCGUUGGGAUCAUCUGAUAGCAAUCUAGCACAGACAGUAAGCAAAAACCGCGCCCCGGCCAGGUGACAGGAGUGAAGGGAAAUGGAGACGUUUUUAAGAUGAAGUCUCACUAGAUUUUAGCUCAUAUUAUUAGUCGUUUUUAUCCAAGAGUUUGCACUAGAGGCAUAUCUAAAUGUCUCACUGUACUGUUGGUGUUCUGUGUUACCUUUACGCUCUCUCUCUUUCCUUUUAGUUACUUUUCUCUCUUGCUCUCACCGCCCACAUUGUCCCUCAUAAAUUCAGUGACUCUUUUUCAUGUCAUCAUUCUCUCUCCCUUUCGUUCGCUCACACAAACUCACUCUCUCUUUCUCAGCCUCUUUCCAUCUUCCCUCACACUCUCUCAUUUUUCUCCAAUGGUGUUUUUGGCUCUGGUCUGAAGUAUUGAUGGAUCUCAUUCAGUUGGAAUUGAAUGAGAGCGCUGUAGAUGUCCCAAAUAACAGCACUGAAAGGCACUCUGGGUAAGCGAUUUUCCUUCACAUAGAGCUAUGGCCAAAUCUUACAUUCACCCAAACUAGAUCAUUAUCUUGAUAGAAUUGAUAUAACAAUAACUGAUGCCAGAUAUGCUUAAUGCAGUAAUUCACUGAGAAAUCUCAUCUUUAAAAAACAGUUGAAUGAGGAAUGACUGAAGUGUGCCAGCUGCAUCUCUCUAAGAGCAGCUUUGGCUCACAGGCUGUUAGUUGUAAACAUUCUGUUGUUUCCUGUUUAAUCAGAAAUAUAUUUAAAUGGGAUAAAACAAUCAAAUUCACCUCAACAGAUGUUUGAAUUUUGGUCCCACUUUAUAUUAGGUGGCCUUAA